UUUCCUUUGGGUGUGUGUUUUUGCAAAGUACUGAAUGUCCUAGGUUGUUACUCUUAUGUCUCUCUAAGUGGUAUUGCAUUUAAAAAAGAAAAUUAAUUGUGAGUGAUUAUAAACUCUUAAAAGAGUGUCAGGUCGUCAUUUAUUGUUUGAAUAAAAUCAUGUGUCUGGUGAUUCCAUUAUGAUCAUGUCCCUUAUGCAUUGGUAGGUAGUAAACUAUCUGCCUUUGCUUUAGUCACUAAAUUGGUAAUGGUGGUGACAGUAUUAUUGAUACUAAUGGUAUUAGUGAUAUUAGUGAAAAACACCAUUAUUGAGUGUUAACUGUGUACUAGACACCUGUAAACACGUCAUAUGCCUUGUCAUACUUAAAUUCUUUACAAAUUCUACAAGAUACUUGUUAUUUCCUACACUUUACAGGUAGGAAAAGCUGUACCUAAAAAGCUUUAAUUAUGUUGAUGUUGUAGAACAGCCCCCUUCUUUAACUGGGUUCAGGUGGGUGUUUUCUUCUGUGAUUGGGUUGCUAGUUAAGGAGGAAGGUGAAAGUAUACAUCCCAGAAGGCCAAAUCAGUAACUCUUCAGUCAUUAAAUCAAGCAUAGAUCAUUUAUGUGAAGGACAAAAUAGGAGAAAUGUUUAUGUAGUAUGCAUAUAGUUUAUAACUCAGUAAAAUGAAUUUUCAGGCACCCUUGGAGCUACAGAGGAGAGGAAACAUAACCAGGGACAGCAUUUGGUUUCAUUGUCCUCGUUAUGCUCCAUGGUGUCCUGCUUGUCAGAACCUUCAACCAGAAUGGGAAAGUUUUGCUGAAUGGGGAGAAGAUCUCGAGGUUAAUGUUGCAAAAGUAGAUGUCACAGAGCAGCCAGGACUAAGUGGACGAUUUAUCAUAACUGCUCUUCCUACUAUUUAUCAUUGUAAAGACGGUGAAUUUAGGCGCUAUCAAGGCCCGAGGACUAAGAAGGACUUCAUAAACUUUAUAAGUGAAAAAGAGUGGAAGAGUAUUGAACCCAUUUCCUCAUGGUUUGGUCCAGGUUCUAUUUUGAUGAGUAGUAUGUCAGCACUCUUUCAGCUAUCUAUGUGCAUCAGGACUUGCCAUAACUAUUUUAUUGAAGACCUUGGAUUACCGGUCUGGGGAUCAUAUACAGUGUUUGCUUUAGCAACUCUGCUUUCGGGACUCUUAUUAGGACUCUGCAUGAUAUUUGUGGCAGAUUGCCUUUGUCCUUCAAAAAGGCGUAGACCACAGCCAUAUCCUACCAAAAAAUUAUUACCAGAAUCUUCUCAACCUUUGAAAAAAGUGGAGGAGGAACAAGAGGCUGAUGAAGAAGAUGUUUCAGAAGAAGAAUCUGAAAGCAAAGAAGGAACAAACAAAGACUUUGCACAGAAUGCCAUAAGACAACGUUCCGUAGGUCCUUCAUUGGCCACAGAUAAAUCCUAGUUAACUUUUACAAAUAUUUUAUAUGAUUUUGACAUGAACAGAAGAUUGAUCAUUUCUUUUGGUUUGAAGUGAACUGUGACUUGGCUUGUAUAUUGCAGGGUUCAGUCUAGAUUGCAUUAGAGUCAAUAGUCUACCUUCGGAAAAUAAAAGUAGCAUUCUGUGAAAAAGUUUGAAAUAGGAUUUGAGAACAGCAUGGUGGUUCAAACAGCUCUUUAAUUUUUGAAAAAUCUGUGCCAAGCAAUAAGAUUUCUUUGUGUUUCUUAAUAACCUUUUCAAGUCUGAGUUGAAAAAUUAACAUUUCCAAAGUAUUGCAUUAAUGAGGUAUUUAAGGAGAUUAUAGAAAAAGAUUUCUCGUUUGUUAACAAUUUUUCUCCGUUUCACUGUGUGAAGAAGAGAGUGUAUUUCCCAUAAAUGGGAACUUUGCCCAUUGUCUCAAGGAAUGUGUAUUUCAGUGACAACUCUGGUUCUUUUAGAGAUAAGGUCCAAAAUUUCAUCAUAGAUUUAGAUUAUUCAACUAAUAAAAAUUACACUGUUUUUUCUUUAUACUUUUCUGCACAUAGCAGAGAAUAUGUUUAGGAAGUUUUUAUGAGUCCAUUGUGUUGCUUUGAUUUCUAUAAAGAGUGGUUGCCACCUUUGUUCUCUUUUUAGUGUAUGAUUUAAUUUUUCUUACCAUGGGUUACAUUUUUCAUUUUCCAUGUUGGAUACUCUCCUGAAAAUGCUUUUCAUGUUUUAAUAGUCCUUUUUAUUUAUUGUUUCAAACUGAACUUUACUGUGGAAUUCUUAAAAUUGAAGAGCUGUCUAGUUGGCCACUUGUUUAAGAUUUUACAUUACUCUUGCUGAACAUCUACUUGAACUUUUUUUUGAAUAUGAAGGUGAACAUUCCUAAUUUUUAUUUGAUUUUGUGGAAAAGCCUUUGGUAUUUUACGUUUUAAAAAUUUCAUAGAAACUUAAUUUGAUACAAAAGUUAACAUUCUACUCAGGAAAAAGCAUCUUGGAGUGUAUGUUUUCAAUGUAGAUUUGUCUUCACAUAGAAAGUUCUUAAUUGCUUUUACAAAGUCGGUGUAUGCUUCUUAUGUUUUUGGAAGACAAACUGUAUUCUACUAUACUUUCUAUUGUGUGGUAUUUCACAGGUGAGAAUCAGCAGGAUAGAACAUUUAAUAUAUUUUUACUCUUUAAAGAGUUAGAACAGAGCUUUUUACCUUACAGCAAAAGGUGGGGUGGGGUGGGUGUGUGGAGUGGCAAUAAAGAACUUUUUAAGCCACAAAGAGGGGGAAAACCAUCAAUAUUCAGAAUGGGUUGCCUCUCCAUUAUGAUAAUGAUUUCUGUGAUGUCCCCUCUUGUCUAGGUUCUGCUGUGUGAAUCCAUUAGAUUUACAGUAUCAUAAUGUACAAGUUGUCUUUAAAGUCUUCUCCUUUAGAAUAUUAAAUAUUCUACCAUUGAAGAGUUUGGUUGUGUAAUAACUUUUUGGUGCUUUAGAAGAAUAUUCUAAGCACAAAAUAAACUUUUCUAAGCACUUGACUGAAGCUGAAGACAGGUGUCAUUUCUAGUUUCAUAUUUAGAAAUGCUUAACUCCUUUGUAUUUGACAAUGUUGAAUAGUUGUGUCACCAUAUAUGUAUUUGAUAAGUGUAAUCAAAAGGCUGGAGUCAUACACAUCUUCUGUUACUUGAGAUGAUAGAGAAAAAUACUCAUUAAUUAAUUGUUCUAUUUUCUAGUGUUAUAGUAUACAUGACAUUAUCAAGUUUAAGUUUUUAAUGAUUAGAAAAUAUAUAUACAGAAAAUUAAAGUAGACUGAAUAUGUAGAGACUUGGUAUUUCAGAAAAGAUAUGAUAUUGUAUUUCUUUAGGAUUGUCAAUGUAGAUGUCUGAAUAAUCAAUUUUCUGUCACACCAGAGGCUUACAGGAAUUACAUUGGGGUCAUUUUACCUUUAACAGAACCUUUUUGUUUCUACAUUGACGUAAAGGGGCUCAACAUGGUAGCUUAGCUAGCAAAUUGUUGAGGAGGGAAUAAGGUGUAUCAGCAUCCUGGAGAACCUUGCCCCCUUGGCCCUCCCUCCUCUAUCACUCUAAUAGAAAAUGCAGUUUAUGCCACAUACUGCCUAAAUACUUAAAUGAGCAAGACUGACAGAAAAUUAAAUGCAGAUCCCAUAGCUAACAUUUUUCAUUCAUUGAGUACUGGAUCCGUGCUAUUUUCUGGUAAUAAUUCAUUUAGUCUAACUAUAGUAUGUGAUAACUGAACUUUAUCUAUCAUUCAGGUGAAUAGGCGCAGAGAGCUAUGGAAGAAAUUUGAAUCCGCAAAAUUUAAAAUCUUGUGCCUAUCUUCAGUAUAAGUAGUGAAAAUUUACUAAUCUAAAUGUGAAAUUACAAUAUAAAUUCAAAUUUUAGGGAGUUUCCAUUGUGAUUCUGGUAAUGAACUUGACUACUAUCCAUGAGGUUGUGAUUUGAUCCCUGGCCUCUCUCAGUGGCUUAAGUAUCUGGCCUUGCCUCCAGCUGUGGUGUAGGUUGCAGAUGUGGCUCAGAUCCUGUGUGGCUGUUGUGUAGGCUGGCAGCUGUAGCUGUGAUUCUACCCCUAGCCUGGGAACCUCCAUAUGCCACAAGUGUGGCCCUUAAAAAAAAAACAACACUACACUAAAAUUUAAAGAUUUUUACUCCUAUCAGAAUACUGUAACAAAUGCUCGUCAGAAAUACAAGAAUUUAGUAUUUGCAGUCUUGUACACAUUGGAGGAGUCAAGGUUAUUACUGUAAGCGGUGCUUUUGAAAGCAGUUUUCUCAAGUCAUUUGUGUCCUUAUUGAGCCCAGCGCAUAAAAUGGCUUAGUUCUGAACUUGUGAUAAACAUUUUUGAGUGAACCUUUUAAUUCAGAAUAUUCUGAUUCAUCACAGUAGUUUAAGUUAAAAUUCUUUCAAUAAAUUCUUUUCCCCAGCUUUAUUAAGGUAUGAUUGACAAAACAUUACUUCUGACAUGGAUCUCUUAUUAAUCAGAAAAUUGUUUGGGAUUGGAAUUUGUGUGGUCCUACUGAGUCUAAUUGUAUAAUUUUAAAAGUAAAUUUUACACUGAAUAUCCUAUUUAUAGAUUUAGUUAUGUUGGAAUUGCAUAUCCAGCAACUUUUACACUUAUUUUAAAACCAUUAAAACUAGGAAAACAAAUUAAAAUUAGAACAUUAAUAUAUAAGAUUGUACAUAUUUGAACUAAACAUUCAAAAUGUUCCUUCUCCUUAAUGAUUGCUUAUUUCGAUUAACUCAUACAAAUGGAGACAAUAUCAGUACUGUAUUGUGGCCAUUAAUGAAAUCAGCUGUCCUUCCUGUCGACCCAUUUGGCUCUGUGACAUUAUUUAUAAGCCUGUUUUCAUUGUAGUAUCACAACUCAGACUGGUUGUAUCCUGAAAAUGAAAAUAUAAGUCAGUUUACCAAA